GAGUAGUAACGUCCAAGAUGUUGAGAAGGUCGUGCUUGAGAAUAGAAUCAUCUAAACGAUUUAUACAUAGUACGAGACAAAUAAAUCUGAUAAAUCAAGAAGAUGAGUUAAAGAAGCUCUCAAAGGACAUUGAGUUGCAUAUGAAUUCACCGACCAAUGAUUUGUCAAAUGUUGUACAUCCAGGUUUAUGGGAAAAUGCAGAGCGAAUAGAUACAAAUUCACCUGCUUAUAAAUUUGGUAAAUUUGCCGCUGGUCAAAUAGUCAUCCCUGCUUCUGUAGAUAGCAGAUUGACAGAUAAGCUAAACAAGAUCGAUAAAGCUGAAUUAAGACAGCAGGCUAGGAGUAUUUAUAAGUUGUUGGAACCAAAGAAGAAUUUACCUCCAAAGAAAAUACCUAGAUUCAUAGCUUAUACACGUCCAGAUCAACCAUUAGCAUAUGCAUUAGCCAUUGGACCUGGCGUAUACGCAGCUGUUUAUAGCGUAAUGAGAGAAAUUAGGAGGAGAGCUUCGAGUGAAGUCGACGGUUGGCUUCCACAUAGAGUAAUCGAAUUAGGAUCUGGUGCUGGUGUCUCUGCAUGGGCUACUAUGGACGCUUUCAAGUUUGGUAGCAAUUCAUCAUCAUUACAUUCAGAGGAGUUUGAAGGAAAUGAUGAAACUUCCAUCACCAAUGAAAAUGACGAAGAUGAAUUAUCUUCUUUACAUUCAGUACUAACCUACGAUGCGUUCGAUCCAAGUGAAGAAAUGAAUGAGUUUAAUAAGCAACUUUGGAAGGAUGCAAAUCGAAGUACACAAUUAAACGUAUCAAGGAAGUUUAUUUCAUCCAGGUUUAAAUCAGAAGAUCCAAUCGAAUCGUCAAAAACACUCGCUUUGUCAACCUUCACCUUAUCAGAACUCGGAAGCUUAGCAGAUAGACGUGAAUUAAUACAUAGAUUAUGGAAAUCGAAUGCAGAAAUUAUAGUCAUUAUUGAUAGAGGUACAAAGGAAGGUUAUGAGCGUGUUAUGGAAGCUCGUCAACAACUUCUGGAUUUAGGUGCAGUUUCUGAUACAAAGAGUCAUGUUUUAGCACCAUGUCCACAUGAUGGACAAUGUCCAUUGUUACAAACAAAGGAUUUUUGUCAUUUUAGUCAAAGGUUACAAAGACCAGCAUAUCAACGUUAUAUAAAAAAGGCAAAGUUAGGUACUGAAGAUCAGAAAUACUCUUUUGUCGUCGUUAGAAGAGGCUCAAGGCCUAAAAGUGAUAAUGAUAAAACUUUAAAUCAAUUGUCAAAAUAUAGUGCAAGUGAGUUGAUCAAGUUACAAAGCUUGGAAGGUCGUAAGAAUUUAGAAGUAAUUGAUAAAAUCGAAAAUGAUCAUCAAGUAACUGAUAGAACAGAUGAGAUCGAAUGCACUGAUGAAGCAAUCGAUCGCAAUUUGAAUGAUAAUGUCAUAACGACUACUCAAUCACCUUAUUCUACUAAUCAAUUAGAUAUACAAAGUAACUUAAUUGAUAGUCCACAAUAUGACAACAGAGAAUUAUUGUUGAGAGAUAGUUUCAAUUGGUCUCGUGUAAUUUAUCAACCGUUGAAGCGUAAAGGACAUGUUAUAUUUGAUACAUGUUCAAAUAGAGAACGUAUAGAAAGAUUUAUAAUAACUAAAAGAGAUGGCGAUUCAGCAUAUAGAGAUUCACGCAAAGCUAAGUGGGGUGAUUUAUUUCCACAUGAACCAAAUGGUAAUAUUCAAAUUAAAAGUAAUGGGAUUAAACGUACAUCAUCAAUACAGCCUGAUAUAAUUGAUAGUGAUGGAAGCAUGGAUAAUAAAGUCAAUAAUGAUGCUGCAUAUAUGGACUCAAAUAAUAAAUUAAUAAUAAAUCCAUAUGAUCAUGAUCAAGCUCAUAAGGAUCGUACAAUUAAACGUAGAGUUAGAGGUAUAGGAUCAGCUAGAAAGUUACGUAAAGGUAAAGGUGCAAGAAUGGCAGAUUUAAUGGAGAAAAAAAUGGUAGACGAGAAAUUAGAUAAGAUAGCAAGAGAAGCUACUGACGAGAUCAUGAAAAAUCGUUAUUAGAGGAAUAAACGUAUUGUAAACUAACUUUUAGAAACGUUUUGUAAAGUACAAAGAUACACAGUAAGCUAAUUUAUUGGUUCUAAGCAGUUUUACCUGAGGUCCUAUAAAUCAACAAAACCUCAGAAUGCAAGUAAACUUUGAUUAUGAAGGCACAUUAUUUGUUUAUGAAGAUAACUCUACCUCAAUACAAUUGUAUUAUC